AUGAGUUCAUUCUGGAGCUUUAUAAAAUCCAAAAAGAAUGACGACAACGAACCCAAACCAACCGUUGCUCACUUAGGUGAGGAAAACAAAUUUUACUUCAACAAAGAGCUGAACAGAUGGGUAAUAAAGGGUGAAGAAGACAAAGUUGAAAAUGAGGAAAAGGUGAAUGCGCCUCCCAAAAUGAGCAGUUUGCAGAAUGUAGGCCAGGGAUAUCGUUCCCUCAUUCAGCAGAACAAAACGAGGAGUGCACGCACGAUGUAUGCUGAAAUACCUGGUUUAAAAACUAUCAAGAGGAACAACACAAAUGUCCAGGGAGGAAUUGUAUCACCAUACAUGAUGGAAUCAGCAAAAAAUGAAUUGAGUAGUAACACGACAGAUGGAAAUAGAUCUGAACCAUUUGGUUCGAAUAUAUUCAUUCCAUGCAUGAAGAAAUCUGAAAAUAAUAAUUUGAGUGCAAAGUCCAAUUUAGAGAAAAAUGGAAAUAUCCCUGAAGAAUUUGAAGUUAAUCCAAAAGUGAAAAGAAAUGAAGAAGAAGAUAUGAACAAGCACACAGCGAGGGUCAAUAAAUCUUCAGAAAUAACAUCAAGCGGGUUUAACAGAAUAAAGGUUGACAAUGAUCUUUUGAAAGAGCAAAAUGUAAAAGAUAAAGCACAGGAUAGUAUCAUGCAUAGUUCAGACAAUAUCAUACGCAGUUCAAACAAUGUCAUGCGCAGUUCAGACAAUGUCAUGCGCAGUGUAGAGAGUGUGUUCAUACCAAAGGUCCCUUCAGAAAAUGAAUGUAUCAGUUUUUCGAGGGAAAAUUUUUUCAACUCAAAUAAAAGUAACGAAAUGGAAGGAUGUCCUGUAUAUGAUAAAAACCAUGGUCCCAAUAGUUUGUCAAAUGCAUAUGUCUCGAAUGAACAGGAAAGGAAAAGGAUGAGUUUCAACAAUUUAGAUCAGUCAAAUGGAAUCAACAAUAUCUCCAAGGAAUUUAGAUGUAAUGAUAUGGCUAGCUCGAUUAAACGAGAAGACAGAAGUAGCACAUUUUGUGGUGACAUGGAAGGUUUUAAUGAAGCAUCUGCAACAAAAGCAGUUUUUCCCUUGAAAACUAAACUACCCAUGGUUGGUGACGUUGCUAGCGAUGAUGGGAGCCCCGUUAAGCGGGCCUAUUUAAAAGGGCUCGAUCCGAGAGCCACAAUUUCCAUGAGUAUGACUAAUGAUACUUAUAAUGCACAGGGGAAUGAAAAUUGCCUGAAAAAGGAAUCAUUUUCAAAUGUGAACCAAAAGGACAGAUGGAUGAAUAUGAAGGAAGAUAUGAAAAGAAUAGAAUCAUUUCGAUCUCCCAUUAAUUUAUAUAAAAAUAAAGUCAUUGUAGAACCUCCUUAUAGUUAUAGUAGCGAAAGGAUAGGAAAAGAACAUGAAAGUUUUUAUAUAAAUAAACUGAAGGAAGAAAAUCAAAAUGGGGUCAUUAUAAGCGGUGGUGAGGACAUAAGUGGAGGAAAGUAUUCUGAGAAGGAAAAAGAACUAAUCGAUUAUUUUUUAAGUGCACUGAAAAACAAUUUGAAUAAAAAUGACGAAGAUUUUAAGAACAAGUUAAAGUUAGAAGUGCAAAAGGUUCAUGAGUUUGUAGAAAAAAGGGAGUUUUUAGAAACCUUGUAUCGAAAAAUAAAUCAAUUGAAGGGUGUAGAAGAGAGGGGAAUUGCAGGAGAGGGUGCUGAAAUGGUCGAAAAAUGCAGGAGUACUAAGCAAAAAGGACCAGAGAAUGACGUAGACAAAGCAGACGAAGCAGAUGCAGAUGCGGAGGAAAGAGACGAAGGGGCCGAGAUGAAGGAAAGCGAACUAAGCAAAAUACUAUACAUCAUAAACAUCAAAAAUAAGAAGAUAAAAGACGAAAUAGAAGGAUUCAGGAAAUCGUUCAAUGAAUUAAAAAGAGUAAAAAGGAAAAAGGAAGAAAUCAUUCGCUUAUACAAAAAUAGAGAAAAGAAAAUUUUGCAAGUACUAAAAGAUAUGGAAGAAAAAGAAAGGAAAAAAAGUGCUACUUUUAAAAAAAAAGAAAAACAAUACAAGGAAGAAAUACUAGAGAGAGAGAAAAGUUUACAGAUGGAAAAAAUGAAUUAUGAAAAACAGUUAGGAAAGAUAAUUGAGGAUCAAGAAGUUUUGUUAAAGAAGAAGGAAGAAGAUUUGGAAAAACUCAGAAAUCAAGAGUGUUCACUGAAGGAGGAGCUAAAAAAAAUGGAAUUGGAAGUGGAAAAAAAAAUAUGCGAUUUGAAACAUGAAUUUGAAUCAAGCAAGAAAAAAGAAAUGGAAGAUUUUUUCAAAAAUGAAAAAAGGGAAUUGGCAAAAGAGACGAUGGAGAUGGAAAUGAGAGAAGAGUUGUUUGAAAAGGUGAAAGAAAAACUUAGAGAAGAGCUCAAGGAACAAGUCAUGGAAGAAGUGAGAAGAGGUGGUGAUGAUAUGAAAAAAGACCAAUUGGAAAAUCGUGUAAAGGAUGAAAUAGAAAAUGCCAAAAAAUUAGCCGAAACCAAUUUUAACAGCAAGUUAGAAAAAUAUAAAGAAAAAAUGGAAAAAAAUAAAAAUGAUUUUAUAAACAAUUUAAUUAUAGAAAAGAAUAACGAAAUGGAAAUGUUAAGGUGUCAAAUGGAAAAAAUGAAAAAUGAAGAAAUUCAUCAACUGAAGGAAGAAAAUCAAAAUCUGUUAAAUCAAAAUGUUGAGGAGAUAAGGAAAAAUCUACUGGAGGAGCAAAAUAAGCAUAUUGAAGAUGUAAAACGGAAUUUAGAAUUACAAAAAAGUAAAGAAAUAGAGGCUUUGCUCAAUGAGAUGAAUAAAAAGGAAGUUCAGGAAAAAGAAGCACGCGAGAAUAUGAAAAAAGAAUUGAUGGAUAAUAAAUGGAGGGACGUUCAGAAGGUGCAAAUGGAGCUAGAGGAGAGACAUAAGCAUGAACUUGUCGAGGCAGAGGAGAGACAUAAGCAUGAACUUGUCGAGGCAGAGGAGAGACACAAGCAUGAACUUGUCGAGGCAGAGGAGAGACAUAAGCAUGAACUUGCCGAGACAGAGGAGAGACAUAAACAUGAACUUGCCGAGACAGAGGAGAGACACAAAUGUGAGCUGGAUCUUGUAGAAGAAAAGAAGAAGAACGAAUUGGCACAAUUGGAAAAACAGCUGAGUGACGAGCACAAAGAUCGGGAACAGACGAAGAAAAAGAAUCAGGAAGAAAAAGAGAUGGAAGUGAGUCAGCUGACCGGAGAAAUAAACAAUCUACAACACGAAGUAGAGGAAUUACGCACCGAAAGGGAUGAAUUACGGUUCGAAAAGGAAGUACUAAGCAAUGAAAAAAAAGACCUCGAAGUGAACAUUACAUUGUUAAAGGUGGAAAAGGAAAAUGUGGAAAAUGAGAACAUAAACUUGGAAGAGAAUUUAAAAAAUAAUGAAGAUAUUUAUAAAAAAAAUAUAAACCUUCUUAAUGAACAGAAAACAAAAUUAGAGAAAGAAAUUCAAGAAAUUUUACAAAACCAGAGAAAGGAAUCCGAAAAGACGCGAGAAAAAUUUGCUGAUUUGUUACAAGCAGAAAUUAAUAGAAUAAAAAAAGAAUCAGAAUAUAAAGUGCACAAUUAUGUAAAACAAUACGAAGAAAUAAGUGAAGAAUAUGAAGCGAAGAAAAAAGAAUAUAAUGAUUUAUUGGAAAAGGCCAAUCUCAAUAACAAAGAUUUAACAAAAAAAUAUGAAGAAAAUAUACAAAAAAUAAAUGAAUAUGAAGAUAUGAUAAAAAUGUUAGAAAAUCAAACAGAAGAAUUAGUACGAAAGAAAAUUGAAGAAUUAAAUGAAGAAUUUGAAAAAAAGAAAGAAAUUUUUGAUAAAGAAAAAAAAGAUCUACAACAAAAUUGUGAACAUUUAAAACAAAGUAAUAAACAAAUUAAACAACAAUUAGAAAAUGAAAUAAAUUUAACCAUAAAAGAAAAUGAACAAAAUAUUGUUAGAAUUACAAAUACUUAUGAGUCUAGGGUUCAAGAAAUGGAAAAGCGUUGUGAACAAUUAAUGUCACAAUGUAAUGAACUGAAAACGAAGAAUGAAGAAAUUAUGGAAACAUUUUCCAAAGAAAAGGAACAAAAAGAAAAAAAUCUAGAACAUCUCAGUUCUAUUAACAGUGAAUUGAGUAGUAAAAAUAGUCAACUUAAUGAUAAUUUGAAUGAAGUGAAGAACGAAUUAUCUGAUUUACAAAACAAAUAUGAACAAAUGUCCAAUCAGAAGAAUGUUCAUCUAAAAAAUAAAGAAGAAGAGCAAAAAAAACUAAGGAAUAAAUUGAGCGAACUUGAAAAUAUAAAUAAAAAUUUAUUGCAAGUUACUGAAAAGGAGAGAGAAUUAAAUGUUAAAAAUAUAAACAUUAUAAAAUCCUUGCAGGAGCAGAUAAAGGAGCAAACCAAAUUGUAUAAGGAAUAUACAGAUGAAUUAAAAGAUGAAAUUAAAAAAUUAAAACAACUGGUUCGUACAAAUUCAAACAAUUCAAAUGACGUAAAUCAUUCCAUAUUAUUAGAGGAAAACAAAAAAUUAAAGAUGCAAAAUGAGGUUAUAACCACCAAAAAUGAAAGCAUGUCUGUCUCUCUAGAUAGCCUUACUAAGAGGCUCAGUUUUAUAGAGACCGCUCUUCGGGAUAAGGAUUACGGUGUCGACCUCAUCAAACGUGCUGAUGAAUUGCAUUGA